AUGGAACCAUGGCUUCUCCAUCCUAUACCCUACGGACAAUGGUUUCUCGUGGUCACAGACAACGCCAAACACUUCUACUACAACCAGGAAACAAAUAAAUCGUAUUGGCAGCUCAGCGAUGUGUUUGAAGAUACUACCAUCAGCAAAGACGAGUUCUUGAAAUGUUUGAAUUUUGAUCAAGUGGCAGUCCUUAUGGCCAAGAUUCGGGGAUUGAAGGUGGAUGAUGGACCCAAGGCAAAUAAAUCAAGAGCAGUUAACAAAAGUCCAGAAACGAAUCUCCCCAGCCAAGGUGAAAAUCACAACGAAAGUGUCAACGAAGAAGUCAUUACUCAAAGCAACAAGGAAAGUGACAACGAGAGCAACGAGGACUGGGAAUCUGGGUCUUCAAGCUCUCAAAAUGACCAAGAAUCCACAGAAGCAUUGGUACGUGGUUUUCUUCAAGAAGAAGGAAUAGCUGCAAAACCAAGCUUAUUGGAGGGUUACGGUUCUGAAGACGACUCUGACUCUGACUCUGAAGAGCUGGAUACACUAGAUCUUGACCUCAAUUUGCCCGUGGCUGACCGUGAACAGUUCCUUGAAAUGCUCUCUUCGCUUGGUGAUAAAAUCGAUAAGAUGGACCCGUGGUUUCUUGUCAAAGAGGAACUUGCUGGAGACUUUGCUCAAGACAGUCGUUACUUUUCAGUUACGGAUGAGAACCAAAGAGAACAACUUUAUAAUGAAUGGGUACAAGAAAAUGUAUCUGAGAAUGAACCUACUGAGGAUAGUUCAUAUCCUUCACAAGCCCAGUCUUUUUUCAGCCUUCUACUGCAGCACAAGAAGGCAAUCAAGAAACUACAUUACCAGGAGUUUCUACUGGAACAUCCCGAGUUGACAGAUUUGCACCUACCGUCCAAAUUAAUGGAGUCACUUUUCCGCCAAUUCAAAGUCAUGUUACUGGACCAAGAAGAGUACGAAAGAACCACAAAAAAGAAGCCAGAAUAUGACCCAGCAACUAAUCUCAAGCGGGAAAGGUUACUACGCUUUUUGCAGGAUUCCAAAUUCGAACCAGCGGCCAUCAAUCUACAAGAUAUUACUGGCACCACUGAUUUUGAAAAAUGGAUAUCGCUAUGCAAACUUGCAAAUAUACCAGAACGAAUCUACGACAGCCCAUACAACUUUGUGGUGGGCGACGAAAAGAGGUGGGAGGUGUAUCAACUGUGGAUAUUGGAGCAAUAG